UAGUUUACGAAGACGGGGAGAGGGUGUUACAGCUGGGGAACCUGGGAACCGGGACUGAUCAGAGCUCCAGAUUUCCUCUCCACGUUUGCAUAUUUGCAGUCCAGAAGAAGCAAGGGUUUUUAACGACACGACGACCGGCCAAGCUGCGUGUUCUGGGGGCACCUUCUCGCGACUGUCACCGCGCCACCGCUGCCAUGACGACCCUGGCCCCUCCCUUUAUAUUGCUCUUUUCUCUUCUCCCGUUGGCUGGUGGCACAUUUCCUGAGGAGCCCGGACCCCUAAGCUCCAUCCCUCCAGAAGUGGUCAGGCGGUACCCUGUGUUCGCCGGCCGAGCCCACCGCUCAUCGAUGAUACAGGAGCCGCUGCAUAUUCAGAGCAUCCUCAAAGUGAACCGGACCCUCUACAUCGGAGCCAGAGAUGACCUUUACCGAGUCGAGCUGGACAACGUUGCGGGGGAUGAGAUGUUCUACAGUAAGAAGAGGACGUGGGAAUCCAAUAAAAAUGACAUCAGGAUCUGCCGGAUGAAGGGCAAACAUGAGGAUGAGUGUCGGAACUUUAUGAAGGUGCUACUGAGUCGGCAUGGGGGUCUGUUUGUCUGUGGAACAAACGCCUUUAACCCCUUGUGUGCCAACUACACGAGGGACACGCUGGAGAUGGUGGGAGAGACGAUCAGUGGAAUGGCCAGGUGUCCCUAUGACCCCAAACAUGCCAACGUGGCGCUGUUUGCAGAGGGGAACCUUUUCACCGCGACGGUGACAGACUUCUUGGCCAUUGACGCAGUGAUUUACCGCAGCCUUGGGGACACUCCCGCCCUUCGCACCGUAAAGCACGACUCCAAGUGGUUCAGAGAGCCUUAUUUCGUCAGUGCUGUGGAGUGGGGCCCACACAUAUACUUCUUCUUCAGAGAGAUGGGCAUGGAGUUUAACUACCUGGAGAAGGUGAUGGUGUCUCGCGUGGCCCGCGUGUGUAAGGCGGACGUGGGCGGGUCCCAGCGGGUGCUGGAGAAGCAGUGGACCUCCUUCCUGAAGGCGCGGCUGAACUGCUCCAUCCCGGGAGAGUCGCACUUCUACUUCAACCUGCUGCACUCCACCAGCCCCAUAAUCAGUAUCCAGGGCCGAGACGUCAUCCUGGGGGUCUUCUCCACGCCUGCCAACAGUAUCCCAGGUUCGGCAGUGUGUGCCUUUGACAUGCAGCAGCUGGCCCGGGUGUUUGAGGGGAGGUUCAAAGAGCAGAAGUCCCCAGAGUCCAUCUGGACACCUGUACCUGACGAGCUUGUCCCCAAACCAAGACCGGGGGGCUGUGCUGUCCAGGGCUCCAGGUUCAACUCCUCCAACACCUUCCCCGACGAAGUGCUGAAUUUUGUUAAGACACACCCCCUGAUGGACGAAGCUGUGCCUGCAUCGGGCCAGAGGCCGUGGAUCGUGAAGACCAUGGUCAGAUACCAGCUGAAUAAGAUGGUGGUGGACACAGAGGCCGGUCCACAUAGGAACCGCACUGUCCUGUUCCUGGGCUCCACUAAAGGAACCAUCCUCAAGUUCCUCAUCAUCCGCAGCAGUGACCAUCCCAUGGCCAACAGCAACGUCUUCCUGGAGGAGCUGGACGGGUUCAACCGCGAAAAGUGUGGGGAGGACACGCCCCAGGCCCGGCAGCUGCUGUCCCUGACGCUGGACCGCCCGAGCCACUCCCUGCUGCUGGCCUUCCCGUCCUGUGUGGUGCGCGUUCCCGUGGCUCGCUGCCAGCUCUACUCCCGCUGCAUGAAGAACUGCAUAGCAUCCCGGGACCCUUACUGUGGCUGGACCCGAGGCAGCACCUGUUCCUUCCUCAGGCCUGGGACCAGGUUGCCGUUUGAGCAGGAUGUUGACCAUGGGAACACUUCUCUCCUUGGAGACUGUGACGGACUCCUGCAGCAGACCUUUGUGGAGGAGCCAGAGGGCCUGGUGUCCAUCAACCUGCUGGUGGUGUGCGCAGUUUCGGCCUUCGCCACCGGGGCGGUGCUGUCGGGGCUGGUGGUGUGCUGGAUCAUGGGACACAGGCACCGGCGGCGUGCCCGCGGAGGCGGGGUGGGGUCCGGCGGCCGGCGCAAAGCGGAGAAGGAGCAGAGCAUGCUGGGACAGGGCGGGGGCGGCUCGGUGCUGAGCGUGUCCCGGCACAGCGGGAGCGACAGACCCCGGUCGCAGGCGGACGCCCUGUUCGUCAUGCCCAACGGCUGGAACAGCACCGGGGAUCUGCUGCCCACCCCAGAGCAGACCCCCCUGCAGCAGAAACGCCCCCCACCCAGCAUGCACCUCUCUGACUCCAGCUGGGAUGGGAGCCACACCUACCUAACCUCCCUGGGCACGCCCUCUUCCUCCAUGUACCUGAAUUCCAAGCUGCUUCAGGGGGGAGGGGGGCGACGGGAGGAGCUGGUGGGGCCCCCCCAGGUGGGCGAGCGCCAGCCCUUUCUGGCUCUGGUCCGUCCUGGCCCCGCCCUGCGGAGCUCAGCGGGAGAGUACCACUACCCCGCCACGCCCCAGGACUCGCCCGACCGCAGGAGGGUCGUUUCGGCCCCAACCCCCCAGCUGGACUACGGGGACCCCCUGCGCUGGGCUCAUGAGGGCUUCAGCUUCCACAGCAACGCCCCCGCCCACCACGGGGGGCACCACUACCCAGCCGCCCCCCCCUCGUAUCCCCAGUCCGGCCUGCCGCGGGCGGGGCUGCACGCCCACAGGGGCUUCGGCGACCUGGCCGACCUCGGACACCUCCUCAGCAGGGCCGCGAAAGAGCGGACUCCAUCCGGCCAGUGAGGAGUCUGUAUCCCCCUCAGCCAACACCCCCCUCCACCCCCCAACGCCCAUCUCCAGCUGCACCCGGAAAAACGCGCCAAACGCCCACCCCUGCUCCUGUCUGUUCUCCCUCACUGCCAUUCAGCGCUCUGACAUCCCUCUGAAAGGCCUG